AUGAAGAGAUUUGUCGUUAAGGAGUGGGCCGAGCUUAUUUCAGACCCGAUAAACUUUAAAGAACAGACUCAGCUAAUCUUUGAUCAUGCUGACUUGCCUGUGGUGAAAGACGAGCUAUCAUUGACAUUACGAUUAAAGAUUCAGAGUCAUAAUUCCUUUCAUUGGGCUGUUAUUUUCGGCAAAGGUACUGAAGGAUCACGCACGCCUAGGCUUGAAUUAAUACCAAACAAAUCCUCAUUUCACGUUCGCUUCUCAAGCAACUGGAGUGAUAAUGUAGGAAUUCAAGAAGUUUGGGACGGACUUUUGCUAGAUAGAUGGUACCAUCUAGCUUAUACGAUUUCUGAUUCUGAGAAGAGAUUAGAUUUCUACAUUGAUGGUAAAUGGGUCGGAUUCGAUUGCAUCCCGAACAUUAAAACGGGAAAAGUUGUCUUCAAUGAUGGACCACUUUAUAUCGGGCAAACAUUCAAAAAUGGCGAUAUUAGCAAUUUUCGCUAUUUUAAUUGGCGCUUAAGUGCCGAUGAAGUGAAAGAAGAUUCUUUGAAUACACAAAUUACAUAUGGCUCGAAGGUCGCAUUUGUUCAUGUACCCACUGGAAAAUAUUUGUCUACUAAAGGAAUCAAAUAUGACUAUGGUCAACUCGGACAGCAACAUAUGGUCGUUGGUACUGGUCGAAAAAUAGAUUUAAAAAAUGAUUUAUUGAAGCUAAUGCAUCAAGCGACAGGAGGAAUCUUACAUUCUCAUGUCAUAUCUUGUGGUAGCACACCACUAAUGAAACAUCAGCAGGGUAGAAAUGGUGACGAUGACUGGCUCAUUCAACGUUAUAAUUCAAUUUAUUCUAAAGAUGACUCGGUUUACGUGUGUAAUAAUGAUAUGAUCAGCCUUAUCCAUUUCAAUUCCAAUAAUACAGCACUAUAUAGUCAUCCCAUAUUAUUUGGUGAUGGAUCCCAAGAAGUUUCUUGUCAUGGAAAUGGAAAUGACGAAAAUAAUAAGUGGCGUAUUGAAUUGGUUGAUGAUUCAGAAUUGUGA